GAGCUUCACUCUGCCCCUGAACGCCACACGGACACAAGACCAAACCAGAACCGGACUCCAGGUCAGGAUCAUCCCAGAACCAGAACCGGACUCCAGGUCAGGAUCAUCCCAGAACCAGAACCAGACUCAAGAUGCCGCAGUUGGGGGGCGGAGCUUCGUGCGCAGCGUGUGAGAAGACGGUUUAUCACGCGGAAGAAAUCCAAUGUAACGGACGACGCUUCCACAAGACCUGCUUCAUCUGCUUGUCGUGUAGAAAAGCGUUGGACAGUCACACCGUCGCCGCUCACGACUCGGAGGUUUACUGUAAAUCCUGCUACGGCAAGAAGUACGGACCAAAAGGCUACGGCUACGGCCAGGGCGCCGGCGCCUUGAGCUCCGACCCGCCCCGGCCCGGCUCAGCGCUACUGUCCAACCCGAAGCCUCCUUCUUCUUCUUCUUCUCCUUCUCCUUCUUCUUCUUCUUCUCCCGGCGUGGGGUCAAAGUUCGCUCAGAGGUUGGGAGGUUCUGACCGUUGUUCUCGUUGUUCUAAAGCCGUUUACGCCGCAGAGAAAAUCAUGGGAGGAGGAAAGCCGUGGCACAAGACGUGUUUCCGCUGCGUUCGGUGCGGAAAAAGUCUGGAGUCGACAACAGUUACAGACAAAGACGGAGAAAUUUACUGUAAAGUUUGCUACGCUAAAAACUUUGGGCCUAAAGGUUUCGGUUUGGGGAACGAGGCGAUGAACUGAACAGAUCCAAAAAUGUGUUUAAAUUUACAAAAACAUGAAUUAAAACUGUUUUAAAAGUUUUAUUGUCGUUUUUCACUUUCAAAUUUUUGUCCUGAAAUUUAAAAAAAAAUAAAUGAGUCAAGAUUCAAACGUUUUUUAUGGAUUUAAACCAGAACUGAACCACGUCCAAAAAAAAAAAGAA